GAAUAACAAUGAAGCUAACAAUAGUGACCAUCGUUUGUGUUGUGCUGAUAAAUUUAAUUUCCGAGGCCUAUGGAUGUACGUGUCUUCCUGGAACAGAUCAAGAAAGGUUCUGUACCGCUACAUUUGUUUCACGAGGAAAGGUCACAAGAAUUAAGCAUCUCAACAGUAUUGAAACUGAAUACACAGUGGCAGUGGAUUAUAAUUUUAAGAUCAAAGUUCCAAGUACACUCAAAGUUCGUGCUAACAGAAGUUCAGCUGCGUGUGGGGUCAAUUUUCAGAAAGGAGUUGUAUAUUUGAUUUCAGGAACUGUAAGCAAGUCCAGAUAUAGAGUAACAUACCUGACAAAUAGUUGCCUGUGGAAUCAGAAAUGGCAGAGUACUAAGUCAGACACACAACAAAAACUCUUAAGUGGACAAUUUAAUCGUUGUUAGUCGUAAUAUCACAAAGACGAUUAAAGUGGUUUCUGUCUAAUGCUAUAACUUGUUACACGAGUCAUGCAAACUAGAUAAAUUAUCGAAA